AUGGAGGGCAAGCCAACACUGAACGAGUUAGUAACACAUGUAGACGUUAGUACAAAGUGGCUGAGACUAGGGGUAAUAUUGGAACUGGAUAUGAAAGAUCUAAAGGCCAUAGAACAUGUGAGACACACCAUAAACGAAAGACUACAGGACAUGUACGACCUCUGGUUGGAGACAAAUCCUAACGCUACAAGAGGACAACUGAUCAAAGCCUUAGGAGUCAUUAGAGCUAAUUCUUUAGCUGAUGAAUACAAGAAAUGGAUCAGUAGUACUGGCAGAGCUACUGCUACUAGUAAAGACACUGAUAGAAGAAGACACAGUCCUUCAGUCAGCAAACAAAGAGAAUGUCAGACUGAUUCUCCACAACAAGAAGUGGCUCCUGCUGUUGAAGAUAAAGGAGGAGGAGAAUGUCAGACUGAUUCUCCACAACAAGAAGUGACUCCUGCUGUUGAGACUAGAGGGAGCACUCAAGAAGAAGAGAAACAAUCAAAGAAAGAAGAUAGGGGAGGAGUUCGACAAAGAACUCAUAAUGUUGAUCAAUCUCAGCAGCAGCAGCAGCUUGCUUCUCAUAUUUCACAAACCAAAAAAGGUGGUUUCUUGGAAAAUUAUAGGAAAGAGAUUGGCUUUACCUUGAUGAUUAUAAUCAUUAUCAUUUUCCUAUCUUUUAUAUUAUAUUGCUUCCCCGACUUUAAAGGUCCAAUAAUAGGAGCCUUUGUCACUAUUGCAAUAGGUACGUUGAGUGCAUUGGUUAAUCAUUGCUUGAAAUCUAAUGUUCCUGGUUCUGCUGAUAUUAAAAUUGAACCUUUAACAACAUUGACUCAAUCAACAUAAUUUCAUGAAAGGAACAAUAACUAUUAAUUUACAUUUUACUUGUAAUACCCUAAACUAGGUGUGUGACUUGUUUGUUUAAAAAACUAAUUAAACUAAAAA